AUGUCACCUCCAAAACAGAAUAUCCUCUUCCUCACCAGCCCGGAACAUGGGCAGUCCAACGUCGCACUUGCAGUGGCCGAAGAGUUUCUACACCGUGGGGAGUUUGAAGUCCACAUCGCCUCCUUCAAGGAAUUAUCAGCUCGCGUGCAAGCGAUAAAUGACCAAGCAGAUUACGACCAGGUUAUUCAUUUUCAUCCAAUUGCAGGUCCGUCGCUGGCUGAGAUCGUCACCCGUACAACAUCAGACAUAUCUCAUCUGCCAGGGCUCGCCGGGACGCGUGAUGCAUGUGACAUAUUCAACAUCUCCGUGCUGGGAUGGAAGCCUGACGAAUAUAUACGGUCAUACCGAAGCUGUCUCGCGAUUCUGAAAGAUGUACAUCCGGUCGUCGUGGUUGCAGACCCGCUGUUGCAUCUAGGACUAGAUGCCGCUCGCAGUAUUGAUGCGCGAAUCGCGAUACUUUGGCCUGUGCCUUUGAAAGAUGUGGUUGUAACUGUCCAGCCGAAAGCUGGGUUUUUGUGGAAAUACCCGUUCACCGGAUCGGGAUAUCCAUACCCCCUACCAUGGAGACUGAUCCUUGCGAACAUAUACAUGAUAUUUUGCUUCGCAUUUCGUAUUCGCUUGGGCAAACCCAUGCGCGAUAUUCUGGAUAUUCGAAAGAAAGCAGGAAUCCGGACUGCAUUUCCCCAGGUGGCGCCUUACUGCGAAGACCAUCUGCACCUCUCGCCUGCAUUGCCAGAGAUGGAUUUUCCGUUCUACGUCCCGGAUAAUGUUGUCAGCUGCGGUCCGAUCCUGCGCUCAUAUUCGUCGGUUGUAGAUAGCGAUCCGGCACUGGAUUCAUGGUUGAAGGAGCCAACAAUCCUGAUAUGUCUUGGGUCACAUGUUCAAGCGCCAGAGAAUGAUGCAAUGCAGAUGACGGUGGCCAUACAGGCUGUUUUGCGCGAGUUUCCUAAUGUGCAGGUCUUGUGGAAGCUCACAUAUGACUGGGAAAGCUCACCGGCAGUCAAGAAUAUUCUCUGGCCUCUUGUUAAUUCCGACAAAGUGAGGACCUUUCGUUGGAUCCAGCCAGAGAUUAUAUCUGUUUUGGAAGGCGGCAAUAUAGUUGCAUAUGUCCACCAUGGAGGAGCCAACUCAUUUUUCGAGGCGUGCAAGGCUGGUGUUCCGCAGGUCAUUCUGCCCCAGUGGUUCGACACAUACGAUUGUCCGGCCCGAGUAGAGUGGCUAGGCAUUGGCCUACAUGGAAGUCGCAAUGUGGCACCGAAAAUAAACGGAUUGGAGCUGUCUUUGGCCCUGCUGCGAGUACUAAAGGAUAAAGGGAUUCAGAGACAGGCUAGGGCUAUUGGAGAUUUGUGCAAGAUGACCGAAGGGCGUGUAGUUGCUCAUGAUCACAUCGUACAGUACGCCCAGAAGUAUAUUAAGGGUUUGUAG